CGACGUGGGCGUGGUGGUGAUGACGGGUGUAGGGCGUGCAGGGCAGGGGCGCAUCAGUGCGGUGGGGGCCCGGGCUCAGUACAGAGUAGUUGGCUGCCGCGGGCACACGGGUCCGACGGGACAGACGGCACACCCCCAGCAGCUGCCCCCGACGCCGCGCUGCCCAAGGGACGCCGCCGUCGCCGCCCCGCGCCCCACCAUGUGGCGGCUCCAAGCGCCCGCCUGGCGGCCUCCACCGCUGCCCUCCCUACUCCUGCUGCUGCUCCUGCUCGCCUCUGUUACGCCAUGGGCCGCAGCAGACCCUAAGCCCAAACCCCAAGAAGACUACUACGACGGAUAUGGCGGCGGUGAAAAUUACGAAGAUUACGAAGAAUAUCCCCCCUAUGAAGAUUACAAUUAUGAAGAAGAGCCAUAUCCCACUGACCGUGAACGUGGUCCAGUGACCACUGAAGCCCCUCCGGCUGCUCCAUAUGACCCAUAUGCUGCCACAGAGGCCCCACCCUACGACCCAUAUGGUCCCUAUGACCCAUACACAACAGAGGCCCCCUACGACUCUUAUGAUCCUUAUGAUUACACUGAACCUCCCACCACUACCACCACCAGCACCACUACCACCACAACCACAACCACAACCACUCCUCCACCUACUACUACCACAACCACAACCACCACCACCCCACCCCCACCGCCACCUCCGACAGUUGCUUAUGAAGGGGAGGCUACAAGAGUGAGAAGACCAGGUAGGCGUCGGAAGGGGGAGCGCAGAGGACAGGUUGGACGUGACAGGGAAGAAGAACCUCCUCCGGAAAUUGUCGGACCAACACCUCCUGAUACCGGCUACGGCGCUUCCACCACCGGCGCGGAGGGCGGCUCUGGGCCUCCAGGAGACCGGGGUCCCACGGGAACCCCAGGCGACCCCGGAAUUCCAGGUCAGCCUGGACCACCAGGACCCAUGCCAGAUAUUGCGCCAUGGUUGACGCAGCUUUCUCAGUCCCAAGGCGGAGAAAAAGGACCCAUUCAGCCAGACCCAUUCAGUUAUCUGCAAGCUCAAGUGGGGCCUGUCGGCCCUAGGGGCUCCCCAGGAUCACCAGGUCCCUCUGGCCCUCAAGGUUUCCAGGGGACACGAGGUGAGCCUGGUGACACAGGCCCUAUUGGUUCAGCAGGCCCUCCAGGUCCUCGAGGAAUGCCAGGAAUCCCAGGAAAAGAUGGUGAGAAUGGAGAAGAUGGAGCAUCAGGUCCCCCAGGUUCAGUGGGACCUCCUGGUCCCCGCGGUCUACCUGGUAUGCCAGGUCUACCUGGCGUGAAGGGACACCGUGGCUUUUCUGGUCUGGACGGAGCUAAGGGAGAGCAAGGUCAGAUGGGUGACAAGGGUGCUGCAGGUCCUGGGGGUCCACCUGGACCCGUUGGUCCUAUGGGCUCGGCUGGUCCCCGUGGUGAGCGAGGUAGGGAGGGUCCACCAGGUCCUCCUGGCUUGAGAGGUAUUGAUGGCAUUGGAGGUCCUCCUGGCCCUCCAGGUCCACCUGGCAAGUCUGGCCCCCCUGGCUUCCCUGGCAGUGCAGGAGCUAAGGGAGACCAAGGUGUACAGGGAUCUAAGGGUUCUCAAGGUCUCCAGGGCCCAAGAGGUGAGGCAGGAAAGCCCGGUACUCCUGGAGAGCCUGGCCCCCAGGGAGGACCUGGCAAGGAUGGCAUGCCUGGAGAGAAGGGCGCUCCUGGUGCACAGGGAGAUUCUGGCCCUCCAGGAUUCCCAGGUGCUCGUGGGCCCCCAGGUCUACCUGGCAGCCCUGGCAUGCCUGGCAACAAGGGUGAGAGGGGUUUGGCUGGAGAACGAGGCUUCAAAGGAGAAGGAGGAAUGAAGGGAGAAGGAGGAACCCCUGGCCCUCGUGGGCUGCCAGGUGCUCCUGGAUCUUCAGGUAAACGCGGCAAGAGAGGUAUUCGAGGUCCUCCAGGAGGAGUGGGCCCUCAGGGCGAACGUGGACCAACAGGAGGCCGUGGUCUCCCAGGUGCUGAUGGACCUCCAGGCCCUAAGGGUCAGAGUGGUGACCCAGGCCCCACUGGCACCAAUGGUCAGAAAGGUCGUGAAGGCAACCCUGGUCCUCCAGGCCUACCAGGUCGCCAAGGCCUGCGAGGGCCCACUGGUCUAUCUGGUCCCUCUGGCAAAACUGGUCGGCCUGGAGACCGAGGUCCACCUGGAGCUGAUGGCAAACCUGGUGACCAAGGACCUCAAGGAAUUCAGGGUCUUCCCGGACCUAUGGGACCUCCUGGUCCACUUGGACCAAUCGGUGAGCCUGGCAAAGACGGCAAUCCUGGUGAGAUUGGUGCAACAGGCCCCAGAGGUGACCCAGGAAAGGAUGGUUCUCAGGGGCCCCCAGGCGUGGCAGGGCCAACAGGUUCUCCUGGCGAGCGAGGUCCCCCUGGUUCUCCAGGUGCUCGUGGCUUCCAAGGUCUUCCUGGUGCUCCUGGAAUUUCUGGUGCUAAUGGAAAGGACGGAGAGGCUGGUCUGCAGGGUCCUCGGGGUCUGCCUGGUGGUGCUGGUCUUCGUGGUCAACGAGGCUUUCCCGGAGAACGAGGUGCUCAAGGUCCUCCAGGUGAAGCCGGCAAACGUGGAGAGAGUGGCCAAAGUGGUCCUGAUGGACCUGCAGGUCCUGCUGGUCCACCAGGACAAAAAGGUCAUUCUGGUCCCUCUGGUCUCGUUGGUCUUCCUGGUGGUCGAGGGCCUCCUGGUCUUCCAGGAGAGAAAGGUGAACGUGGAUCAUUAGGACGUGUUGGACCCGAGGGCCCACCAGGUCGUCAAGGAGAUCAAGGUCCUCAGGGUAUAAUGGGUCCAAUUGGGCCUCCAGGAGAACCUGCAGAGAAGGGAGAUCCAGGUCCACCAGGUCCUCCUGGUGAAGCUGGUGCCAACGGCAUGACUGGAGAUCGAGGUCCCCAGGGUGAACAGGGUCUUCAGGGUUUCCCAGGACCUCUUGGGCCACCUGGAACUUCAGGUCCCAAAGGACAACGUGGUCUACCUGGUCAGAAGGGCACUCAAGGUAACCCUGGCUUGGUAGGACAGCCUGGUGAAACUGGACCUCAGGGUCUAGCUGGACUGACGGGUGCAAAGGGACAGCGAGGUGAACUAGGACAACGAGGAGAGCCUGGUCUAAUGGGUCCCCCUGGACGACCUGGCAAUGCUGGCACGCCUGGUACCCCAGGAGAUCAAGGACCUCCAGGUUCAAGUGGUAACCCUGGAAUCAAGGGAACCCCUGGUGACACUGGCCGACCUGGUCUGCCAGGACCAACUGGCCAGCCCGGUGCCCCUGGAGCUGAGGGACCUAAGGGUGAAGCUGGUCCUGAAGGUCGCUCUGGAGCCGUUGGUCAGCCUGGUCCUGUUGGACCAUCAGGAGAACGUGGAUUGCCUGGUCUUCCUGGUCCACCUGGUCCUCCUGGACUUCGAGGGAAAAAUGGGGAACGCGGAGAACAAGGUCCAGAAGGCAAACGUGGUGAUGAAGGUCCCAUUGGUUCUCCUGGGUUGCCUGGGUCUGUCGGCCCUAUUGGUCCCACAGGUGACAAUGGUGCCCCUGGUGCUGACGGCAAACCUGGGCCUCCAGGUAUUUCUGGUCGUACAGGAGACAAGGGCCCACCAGGUUCACCAGGACAACAGGGCGGCCCUGGACCCACUGGUUUACCUGGUCCCCCUGGGCCUGCUGGACCCAUUGGCCCAACUGGAGAGCGUGGAGACCGCGGAGAAGUUGGACCACAAGGUGUUGAGGGCAGUCCAGGUCCAAGAGGAAAGUCUGGUGCACCAGGAACACAAGGAGAAACUGGAGAAACUGGAGCAGCAGGUCCUAAGGGUGCCAAGGGACACAGAGGUCUCAUUGGUCUUCAAGGUCUUCCUGGGCCUCAAGGUCCCUCGGGUGACAAAGGUGUACCUGGUGUUGCUGGUCCACCCGGUCCAUCUGGUGAGCCUGGUCCUAAGGGCCCACCUGGCCGUGAUGGAGGAAUUGGUCCUCAAGGUAUUAUGGGUCCUCCUGGUCCCCGUGGUCCUAGCGGAGAAGAAGGUAAAUUUGGUCCUCCUGGCCCACCUGGUCCUUCUGGUCCCCCUGGUCCACCUGGUGAAUCUAUGGGUUAUGAUGCAGCAGCACUGGCAGCUCUCCUAGGGCAGGGUCAGGCUAAGGGACCAGAUCCUCUUCAGGGUGAUGAUUCCGAACUGCCAGCACGUCUCUUUGGCAAAGAAAUCACGGACGAUGAGCGUCGCGAUCUCAUAACCAAGGCAUAUGAGCAACUCAAGACAUCUUUCAAGAAGUUCCUCAGACCAGAAGGCACAAAAGACUCCCCAGCAAAGACAUGCCGUGAUCUGGCUUACACUCAUCCGGAACUUCCCAAUGGGGAAUACUGGGUGGACCCCAACGAGGGAGAUACGAAGGAUGCCAUCGUGGUAUUCUGUGACAUGGAGAAGAAGGCAACAUGUGUCCUGCCGCAGCCUGAGAUCACCCAAGAGUUCACUUGGCGCGGACAGCCUCGGGGCAUUGUCUGGCUUGGAGAGGACAUUCAACCAGGUUAUGAGUUCACAUACAAGGCAGACAGCAACCAGAUGCAGUUCCUGCAGCUGUUGUCAGCAGAGGCGACCCAGCAGCUCACCUACCAUUGCAAGAACUCUGUUGCCGUAUUCGAUGCCAGGAGGAGGAACCUUCGCAAUGCCUUGCAGAUCAUGACUGUCUCGGACACUGAGCUUAAAGCCAGAGGGAAUAGGAAGUUUAAAUACAGAGUUAUAGAAGAUGGAUGUAAGACAAGACUUCCCACCUGGGCCUCCACCAUUAUAGAGUUCCGCACAGAGAAACCACAGCGGUUACCAUUCGUGGACAUUGGUGUCCGGGAUAUUGGUGAACCCAACCAAGCAUUUAAAAUCGAGCUGGGACCCGUGUGCUACUCGUAGGACUCGCCCACCCGCGUGUGCGCACACACUCGACAAGUUGCCAAGUAGAAUCGGUGGGGAGCGAGUGGCGGCGUGUGGAGGCAUAAGUGGAGGGAGUGAUGAACUGUAUAGUGACGAGUAGUGAUGUUAGUGCUGCUGCUGCCAAUUGAUUAUGGUGAUAAUGAUUUGUGAGUGAUAGUAAGAGUGAUCACCAUGGUGUGGUUUUUAAAAAGUUGUAUGAACUCGUCGCUACAAUCGUCCCUCCAGGUGGCUCCCACUCCACUGCUCAUCCACACUCUAGGCUACUUGUUGACUGUCAUUAUAAUUUUAUUUAAGGAUAACCGCUCGCCGCUCUCUAUUUUUCCUAUUCUUUCCAUAUUUUCACAAACUCUUUACCUUCACUUUUUCCACUACGUCAUUAGGUUAGAAACAAACACUGCCGAAUACUGUAAUUGAAAAUAAAAGCGCCAUCCAAAUACAAAUAAGUGUAAAGUUUAUAAGUGAGAACUGUGGUAUUACCGAGACAAAAACUCACAACUGUGUACAUUUUGUAUAAUAAUAGCAACCCAUAGUGAGUGUUUCGGUUAACCCCAGACACACAGUCGGGAUAAACAAAAACAAAUAUUUUUCAACUAGGAAGAUUUAUAGGUUUUUGUAAAUUUACCAAAAAUAAAAAAGAAGGGGAAA